CUUUCUUCUCUUUGACAGCUAAAAUGUAUUUUUGUUAUUGAGUGCAAUUUUAUUUUUUUUUAUAUAAACAAAUGAAAAAUUAUUGAAAAAAAUACUAAAAAUAUAAUUAACGUAAACAUGUUAAAAGUAGCGCAACCAACGAGUAAUGCCUUUCACAAUUUUAAAUGCGGCGAAAUAUUUUGUAUUUCACCAGCCGUUUAUAAUGUUACAUGCUGUCUGUGUGCCACCAAAAUGCAUCUGGAUCAGUUUCCCAGUCACUUUCAAAUGCAACAUCUUACUCUGGCCGAGGAGAGUAUAAAUUUGGAAGAAUUAGAACUUAAGAGGCGUGCUAAAUUGGCCAAAGAUGCAACGCUGCUGGAUAAUAUGGCCAUCAAAGAGGAGGAUCCCGAAGAUGAUCCCAUAAAACAAGAAGAUGUGGCGUAUGAACAAGACGUAGAUGAAGAUGAUAAAAGUUUGCAGCAGCUAUUAAGGGAAACAGAAAAGGCUCGUGGCAAGCAGGAGAAAGAUCAGGAGGAAGAGUUUCUUGAAGAGGCGGAAAGUGAAGAAUUAAAUAUUGGUGACAAAUUGCAGGUGGAGAUUUUGGUGCGUAAACCGAAUACUAGAAACUCGAGGAAAACUAAUAAAAAAGCUCUUAGUAUAAAGGAAGAUCAAAAGCCGGAGGUGGAAAGUGAGUUAGAUGAAGUAAGCUUAGUGGAGGAUAAAGCAAGUGGAAAAGAAUUGACCACACACUUGAAUACUGAAGAGGAGGAGUUAAAAGAAGAAUAUGAUGGUGACGAUGUAGAUAUGGAUCGAGACUGGUCUUUGGAGGAUAAGAUUUCUGACACAGAUUCCGAUCCCGAUGACAAGAACAGCCCCAAAGAUGAAUUACCCUUUCCUUGUCUUACAUGUAAACGAUCGUAUCGUUCCAAACACAGCUUACAAAAGCACAACUAUAGUGUUCAUAAUCCUAAUAAACCGCCGAAAAAACCGAAGGAACCUAAAGCCGAACACAAAUGUGAUGAAUGUAAUGAAGUUUUUCGUUCCGCCCGAGAUUUGCGUGGUCAUAAAUGGAAACAUACGGGAAUAUUUUGCGAUAUCUGCGGAAAAGCUUUUACCCAAACCGGCAAUAUGAUGAGACAUAAAAUCCGUCACACUGGCAUUAAGGCACACAAAUGCAAUGAAUGUGAUAAGGAAUUCUUUACCGACAAAGAAUUAAAAUCACAUAUGAUUUGUCAUACCGGUCUAAUGCCUGUAAUUUGCGAAAUAUGUGGUAAAAGGUGUCGGGAUCGUGGUGUUCUAACCGCCCAUAUGCGUAGACAUACUGGUGAAAGGCCGGCUAAAUGUGAUGUUUGUGGUAAAAGUUUCUUUUCAUUUCAUGAUCUUAACGUUCAUGCUGUUACGCACAGUAGUGAGCGGCCAUUUAAGUGUGAUAUAUGUGGUUCAACAUUCCAGCGCAAAAAAGCUUUGCGUGUUCACAAACUUAUACAUUCGAAAGAUCGUAAGCAUGUGUGUAAAAUAUGUGGCAAAGGUUUUGCUCAAUCCGGUGGUCUCAACUCGCAUAUGCGUACCCAUGAUGCGGCUCUAGAGAAAACUAGCAAUGAGAUUGCUCAACCGGUUAUAAUGCCAGUACAGAUGGAACAAGCAGAAAGUUCAACGUCGAAUAAAACACCUGCAACUAACGAGGUUAGUAUGACACCAGAGAGUAGUAGUGUUUUGGGCCAAUAUAUGGUUUAAAAUUGAAAAAAAAUUUUCGUUUUAAUUUUAGUUUUUCAUAUGAUUUAUUAUGAUUAAGGUUUUUACAAUAAAAUGAUAAAAGUAGUUAUAGGAUAUGUGUAAAUAAAUGCAAUAUAAUUAAGUAAUAAUCUUAAAAUAAAGUAACCAUUUAAAUUAAAA